CUCCCUUGUUAAUUGGUGGAUUUACUCCAUCAACACGCAUUUUGUUAAUGAAAUUAACCCUUUUCCCAUCAUAUCCACGCAAAUCGUCAAACUUAUGGGCCUACUUUCUGUUUUCAAAUAGAACAGAUUCAAAAUCUGUCAAUAAGUCCGGCCCAGUAACAGACCCAAAAAGGGUCAUCGUUCGUCAAGUCAUGACGCCGUUCUUGACUUGCUUCAUUUGACCAGACUUGCUUCGUCUCCAAUUUUUCCCCUGAAGAAAGCAAAGAGCAUCAUCGGCGCUGAAGAAGAAGAAGAAGAAAAUGGACUCAUCUUUGUCGCAGAAGUUCACUCUUGCUUAUGCUUCUCUCCUCGGAGUUGGUGGGUUGAUGGGUUACCUGAAACGCGGAAGCAAAAUAUCACUUGUCGCAGGAGGAGGUUCAGCUGCGUUGUUCUAUUAUGUAUACACGGAGCUCCCAGGAAAUCCAGUCUUAGCAUCCUCCAUUGGCAUUGUGGGGUCGGCGGCACUGACAGGGAUGAUGGGAUCACGUUACCUAAGGACGAGGAAAGUGGUACCGGCUGGACUUGUGUCGGUGGUGUCACUCGUCAUGACUGGAGCUUACUUGCACGGCCUCAUUCGCUCAAGUUGAAGUGUCUCUGCUAUCUUCCUUGGACCUAUUUUCCAAUAUUGUUAAGGUUUUUUGGGUGCGCAUUUCAAAUUUCUGAAAAUUGUUGUAUAAAUGCUUUGUGGUGUUGUUUCUUUUACCAAGUUCUUAUGUCCUUGUGUACUUUUAAGAGAUUAUAUGAUGCUUCGAGUUCUUCAUUUAGAAAACUUAAAAUCACUUCUUCAUAUGGUUCAAGAGAGUUCUAUUGGUAAGAGUGUUCAAGAGAGUUCUAU